UGGAGAACCCAUCUUGGGGAUAGUCUCGAUUUUUUAGGCGCAGAGAUUUGUAAGGUUAAGCUGUGAGGAACUUGGUGUAUCAUUGUCUGUUGAUGAAGGAGGAGGAGAUUUGUUUAUGACCUCAUUCUAGUCGAUUGAAUUUCGCCUUCUGAAGGGUUUCUUAUGGAAUUCAUCGAUUUCUAUACGAUCUGGUAAUCUUCUUCUCAAGAACUGGAUGUUUUCCUCUUUUUUGCCCCAAGUGAAACGAGGUAAAUUUGAGUGAUCUUGUGGUAGUCUUCACUUUCGUUGUUUCGAAGCCAAGUUGAAGUAGCGACUCGAGAAGGUAAGGCACUGGAUGGUGUUUCGGAUUCGGGGGGUUUUAUGCGAUUAUCUGUGUUCUUUUGGGUAGUUGAGCUAUGGAGGUAAUCGCUGAAGAUGGGAAAGUUGUGUCUCGGGUAGUGACCGAAUCGAAGGGGGCAAAGAAGCAGAAGAACAACAAAGAACAGGUUGAAACUGUGGAAGAGGAAACUGGCUGUUGGAUUGCUCUGAGGAUUUUUCGUAGCUGCAUUUCUUCGAGAUCCAAAGUUGAUAGUUCGAUUAGUGGGACUAGUAUUAACUAUGCUGAAAGCAAGUCUACGGUGGAUUCGAGUAGAGACCAGCCGACGCCUCAAGAGAUAUCUUCUACAAAUACAAGUAUGAGUAAUGCAGAGAGUAAUUCAUCCACUUCCAAACUAGAAGAGGAACUUAAAAUAUCUCCUCAUCUACGGAAAUUUUCAUUCAAUGAUCUUAAGUUGGCGACAAGGAACUUCAGACCGGAGAGUCUUCUUGGUGAGGGCGGUUUUGGUUGUGUUUUUAAGGGUUGGGUUGAAGAAAACGGAACUGCUCCAGUUAAACCUGGCACAGGACUCACUGUUGCUGUUAAAACGCUCAACCAUGAUGGUCUUCAAGGCCAUAAAGAGUGGAUGGCUGAGGUGAAUUUUCUUAGUGAUCUCAAACAUCCCAACUUGGUCAAACUUAUCGGUUACUGCAACGAAGAUGAUCAAAGACUGCUUGUAUAUGAGUUCAUGCCCAGAGGAAGCCUGGAGAAUCAUCUUUUCCGGAGAUCUCUACCACUUCCGUGGUCUAUUAGGAUGAAAAUUGCACUAGGUGCUGCCAAGGGUCUUGCUUUUCUUCACGAAGAAGCGAAAAGGCCGGUUAUAUAUCGUGAUUUCAAAACAUCCAACAUCCUAUUAGACGCCGAAUACAAUGCCAAGCUUUCUGAUUUCGGACUUGCAAAAGAUGGCCCCGAUGGAGAUAAAACCCAUGUCUCUACUCGUGUGAUGGGAACGUAUGGCUAUGCAGCUCCAGAAUACGUAAUGACUGGACAUCUUACAUCAAGGAGUGAUGUGUAUAGUUUCGGAGUCGUUCUUCUUGAAAUGUUAACUGGCAGAAGAUCCAUGGACAAAAACCGUCCUAACGGUGAACAUAAUCUUGUCGAGUGGGCACGGCCAUACCUAGGAGAGAAAAAGAGAUUCUACCGUUUGAUAGACCCUAGGCUUGAAGGGCAUUUCUCAAUAAAAGGUGCUCAAAAGGCAGUACAAUUGGCUGCUCAAUGCCUUAGCCGAGAUCAAAAGGUCAGACCCUUAAUGAGUGAAGUUGUUGAAGCCUUGAAGCCUCUCCCAAACCUCAAGGACAUGGCAAGUUCAUCUUAUUAUUUUCAGACAAUGCAAGCCGACCGUGUCCGAUCGAGCCCAAUGGCGAGAAAUGGCUACCACACAGCUGCAGGACCAGUUCCGAAGAACGGGCAGCAACUACGCAGCCAUUCAAUCGCCAAUGGAUCUCAUGCUUCUCCAUAUCAUCAUCAGCAGCAACCCCAUCCAUCUCCAAAACCCAAUGUCAAACCCUGAAACUUGGGUUGUUUGGUAAUUAAUCAGUAAUUAUCUAGUUGUGUUAACCCAUCUCAUUUUGUCAAUCAGUAGUUUUCCCCCCCUUCUACCUCAGUAUAGAUAGAUGUUUAUUUUGCAAACAGCAUUUGCUGGUGGAUCAUUGAAAAUGCUACUGAUAGACAUGUCUGCUCUAUCACCACCUUGUUAAAAUGGGAAACCUGGCAGAAGAGUGUACCAUAGCAGAUGAAUUUUGUUCAUCAUUUUCAAUGUCAUAUUAUUUUGAGAAAGAACAGAAAGAACUCCAUAUCCUUUUCCUCUUCA